CUCGGAGUGGGAGACGGGAUUGGCACGUGACUGACUCAGCUGAGCUGCACAGAUUCCUCGCCUGCACCAUGCUCGGGGCCGGCCCUGCCCUGGGCCUCCUCCUCCUCUGCCACCAGGCCCUCCUGGCCCCCGGCCUGCCCGAUGGCCGCUACGUGGCCGCCGUCUAUGAAUAUCCGUCCAUCCUGAGCGCCAACCCGGAGGCCCUCAUCGACCGGAGCUCGGCCCUGGAGUUCAUGAACCGGAAUCUGGAUCGCUACGAAGAGCAGGUCGUGGCGGCCGCUAAGCAGGGCGUGCAGAUCAUUGUAUUUCCAGAAGACGGGAUUCAUGGAUUCAACUUCACCAGGCGUUCCAUAUACCCAUUUCUGGACUUUCUUCCAGCUCUCCAGUCUGGGAAAUGGAACCCGUGCCUGGAACCACAGAAGUUCAACGACACAGAGGUGCUGCAGCGCCUGAGCUGCCUGGCCAUCAGGGGCCGGCUGUUCCUGGUGGCUAACCUGGGGACCAAGCAGCCCUGCAACGGGACCGACCCGGGAUGCCCGCCGGAUGGGCGCUACCAGUUCAACACGAACGUCGUCUUCGACGAUAACGGCACCCUCGUGACCAGCUACCGCAAGCAGAACCUCUAUUUUGAAUACUCCUUCGACACCCCUUCGGCCGUGGACUACAGCAUCUUCGAGACGCCUUUUGCCGGCAAGUUUGGCGUCUUUACUUGCUUCGACAUGUUGUUCUUUGAACCCACCGUGCGGCUCGUGACGGACUUCGGGGUGAAACAUAUCGUGUUUCCGACCGCGUGGAUGGACCAGCUCCCCCUGCUGGCGGGAAUAGAACUUCAACAAGCGUUCGCUGUUGUUUUCAACGUCAACGUGCUGGCGGCCAACCUCCACCACCCACACCUGGGCAUGACGAGCAGCGGCAUCCACACGCCUCACGGGUCCUUUUGGUACCACAACGCGGAGAGCCUCGAAGGCAAACUGAUAGUAGCCAACAUAGCCGCGGAGCCCGGAGACGGAGGCCCGCUGUGGAACAGCCCCCGCGAGGCUCCCGAGUCCGACGGAAGGUUCUCGUGGGAGGAUGGGACCUGCGAGGGCGGUGCGGACACUCCGUGCGGCGAGCCGCCGGAAGGGGCCCCGGCCACGCCGGCCACGUUUCACGGAGAGAUGAUGUACGACAAUUUCACGUUCGUGCCUCUGCGGGAGAACCGUGGCCGCCUCCGCCUGUGCGCCGGCGCCCUGUGCUGUGAGCUGGACUACCAGAGGCGCGGCUUGUCCGGGGAGCUCUACGCGCUCGGGGUCCUCGACGACCUUCACACGGUCCACGGCACUUACUACCUCCAAGUGUGCGCCCUGGUGAAGUGCGGCGGCCCCCGCUGGGACACCUGCGGCCAGGAGACGGCCAGGGCCACCGAGAAGUUCGACUUCCACCUCCGCGGGAACUUCAGCACCUCCUUCGUGUUUCCCAUCUUGCUGACCUCCGGCAUGACGCUGCAGUCCCCGGGCCAGCGGGGCUGGGAAGGCGGCCAUUACUUCAUGAGGAAAAGCCAGCUGACUUCGGGCUUAGUGACGGCCGCUCUGUACGGACGCUGGUACGAGAGGGAUUAGUGGCACGAGCAGGGGCUCGGGCUGGGCUCUGGGGCACAAGCGUUGGCCAACACGGCUGGGACUCUAAUGGAAACCAGAAAUGAUUGGGAGCUGCAGAGGAGGGGCGAGAAGCCGGCAGGACGGGCACUGCGCGGGGAAUGGUGGGAGGCCCAAACUCCAUCUGGUGAGAGAAGUUCAUUCAGUUGUGGGAACCGGGAGAAACCUUACAGCAUUGUGUGGGAAGCCGGGCCUCCCCAGCCCGAUCCACCAGUUCUCUUUUCCGUGCCCCUUGGAUGGAUGGGGAGGGGGGAGGGGAGACCCUUUCCUCCAGGCAGAGACCCGCAGCCGGUCCCUGUGCCCUACUUUCAAACAAUUAGGAAUUGGAUUAUCUAAUGUUGGAAUCUUUCCUUUUAACAAAUUGAUCUUGUUGGAUUGUUUUUUAAUGUAUAAAAGUCUGUCCGUCUCUUCCUGUGUGGUGUCCAGCCCUGAAAUGAGGAAGGGGCCGUCCCAAUUUGUUGAGCCCUUGUCCUGGAUUGCUGAAUAAAUCAAUAUGCUCAGAAGA